CAGUAGGUGGGAGUGGUUCCAUUUCUUACAUUAGUUCACCUCUAUAAAUUAACUAGUCACCAUGCACUGAGAGUAAACCAUACACUCAAAGCCUUGGACUUGAAUUAUCAAUGGCAGUCUUCAGAGGAAUUUUCUUAGGUCUUGUAGUUGUGACACUGGUGUUCUCAGCCACGCUCUCCGCCGCUCACCUGGAUGGUUUCAACUUUGGGUCGGGUGGGUCUCAGACUCACGAUCUUUUCCCACAAUUCUAUCAAUCGUCGUGCCCUCAGGUCAACGACAUUGUCAUCUCCGUAUUACAGCGGGCCAUCGAGAAGAAUCCCCGGGUGGCAGCCUUUCUGAUAAGGCUUCACUUCCAUGAUUGCUUUGCUCAGGGCUGUGACGCCUCGGUGCUACUAGACAACAGCACGACUAGAAUAAGCGAAAAGGGGGCAAAACCAAACGUGAAUUCUCUGAGAGGAUUUGAAGUAAUCGACGAGAUGAAGGCCAAGCUAGAAGAAGCAUGUCCCCUGACUGUGUCAUGUGCUGACAUUGUUGCUCUUGCUGCUAGGGGAUCCACUGUACUAAGCGGUGGACCUGAUUGGGUGUUGCCACUAGGAAGAAGGGACUCCAAAACUGCAAGUUUUGAAAGCUCAAACAGAGACAUUCCAGCACCACUACCCGAUCUCUCAGCCCUAAUAACCACCUUCGAGCGUCAGGGUCUUGAUGAAACUGACCUAGUUGCCCUCUCAGGAGGGCAUACAAUUGGGUUCGCUAAGUGUUCGUUCGUCAGGCAGACUCGGAAAUCAGUUUGCCCAAGAAGAGGUGGCGACAACACAGCUGCUCCCUUGGACUUUGUUUCCCCUACAAGGUUCGACAACAGCUACUUCAAGCUUAUACUUGGGGGACAUGGACUUCUCCCUUCAGACCAAGUACUUCUUACUGGGAACAGAAGGCAGGCAGCUGAGCUGGUGAAAACCUAUGCUGCUAAUGAGAGCUUAUUCUUUCAGCAGUUUGCUAAGUCCAUGGUUAAGAUGGGGAACAUUAGUCCUCUUACUGGGUUCGAGGGACAAGUCCGAAAGAAUUGUCGUCGCGUUAAUUAAGUAAUUAACUAGCUAAAUUAAGUUUAUGAAUAUGCUUAAACUAAUAAGAGACCACUUUCUUAAUUUGACCUUUUAAAUUUCUUCUGGGGUUAAACUUUUAGCUUUAAUGCUGCAAAGGUUCCAGAUAAACGCAAAGUAAAACACUUAUCUUAAUCAUU